AAUUUCCUGCAAUGAAUUAUCCAACCAUCAUCAUCCAAGAGCCUCAAAUACUCAAGCUACCAAUCUUCCACUCAACGGUCACUUCGUCUCUAAACACUGCAAUCGCAUCUUCGUGCAUCAAACAUCAAAUCAAUUUAACCGACACCUACCCGUGACGUCAUUGGUAUCUACCGCUCUCACUCGCAAACCGAUCUUUUGUCUUCUCGACUCUUCAACGUCCUCCACCACAGUCAAAAUGGUUAACCCUGCUUCCACCUGCUGCAAGACCUCCGGCGACGGUAGCUGCGUCUGCGCCGCCCAGGCCAAGUGCUCCUGCGGCAAGGAGAACGCCCUCCACUGCACCUGCAACAAGGCCUCGACCGAAAACGCCGUCUCCGGCCCUCGCUGCUCUUGCAGAGCCCGCCCUGCCGGCCAGUGCACCUGUGAGCGUGCUCCCAGCGAGAACACCCCCAUUUCGGGCGAUUCCUGCCCCUGCGGCCAGAGAUCUUCCACUUCCUGCACCUGUGAAAAGGCCGCUGCUGUGGACGCUGCCGCUGAGAGCAACGAGAUUGACUUCACCACCCGCGCUUGAUCUUUUGACCUUCCGGCGGGGUU